AAACCUGAAGGGGUGGUGGCCAGGCCUCCCUCACUGGCCGGGUGUGGCUUCUCCAAAGAGGCAACAAGCUGAACUCAGUGUCCACAGCACACUCAGCCUCAGACAGCCUGACAGAGCGAAGAUAUACCUCAACUUCCUGGAACUAUCUGUGCCUCCAAGGAAGAUGCAGAUGCUCGUGGUGCUGCUCAUCACAGCAGGCACCUGCCUGGACCUGUGGGCAGAAGCUGCAGCUGACACUGACUAUGCCCAGCUGGACCUUCCCAGGCUACCCACCCACCGGCGGCAGAAAAGGGACUGGAUCUGGAACCAGAUGCAUAUUGACGAAGAGAAAAACACCUCGCUGCCCCAUUAUGUGGGGAAGAUCAAGUCAAGCGUGAACCGCAAGAACGCCCAGUAUGUUCUCAAAGGGGAAGCCGCUGACAAGGUCUUCAAGGUCAAUGCAGAUACAGGGGAUGUGUAUGCCUUUGAGAGGCUGGACAGGGAGAAGAUCUCUGAGUACCACCUCACUGCCCUUGUGGUAGACAAGGACACCAAGAAGAACCUGGAGUCUCCUUCCAGCUUCACCAUCAAAGUCCAUGACAUAAAUGACAACUGGCCUGUGUUCACACACCGGUUGUUCAAUGCAUCUGUGCCAGAGAUGUCGAAUGUGGGGACCUCCGUCAUACGUGUGACAGCAGUGGAUGCAGAUGACCCCACUGUGGCAGACCACGCUUCUGUCAUGUACCAAAUCCUGAGGGGAGACAAGAGUUUCGCCAUCGACAAUUCUGGACUCAUUUUCACAACAACCAAUAACUUGGACCGAGAGAUGCAGGCCAAGUAUGAGGUUGUGGUAGAAGCACGAGAUGCCCAGGGCCUCCGAGGGGAAUCCAGCACAACCACCGUGGUGAUAAGUCUACAGGACGUCAAUGACAACUUUCCCAUCUUCACCCAGACCAUGUACACGUUUACUGUGCCAGAGGAUAUCCAUGUGGGCAGCUCUGUGGGCUCUCUGUUUGUUAAGGACCCAGAUGAGCCCCAGAACCGGAUGACCAGAUACAGCAUUGUGUAUGGUGAAUACAAGGACAUCUUCACCAUCGAGACGGACGCCACCCACAAUGAGGGCAUCAUCAAACUCAGGAAGCCCUUGGACUAUGAACGCAUCCAACAAUACAGAUUCACAGCCGAGGCCACGGACCCCACCAUCAACCUCAGACUCCUAGGCUUUAUUCCCAACAAAAACUCCGCCAGCAUCAUCAUCAAUGUCACAGAUGUGGAUGAGCCCCCCAUCUUCGAGAAGUCUGCCUACUACUUUAAGUUGCGUGAAAACCAGAAAAAACCUCUGGUUGGCUCAGUGAAGGCCAUUGACCCUGACGCUGCACAGCGGAGUAUUGGAUAUUCCAUCCGCAGGACCAGUGACAAGGGUAAUUUCUUCCAAAUAACCAAGAAAGGGGACAUUUACAAUGACAAAGAGCUAGACAGAGAAGUCUACCCCUGGUACAACCUGACUAUAGAAGCCAAAGAACUCAAUCUUCAAGGGUUCUCCACAGGCAAAGAAUCUAUAGUACAAGUCUAUAUUGAAAUUGAGGAUGAAAAUGACAACGCCCCAAUAUUUGCCCAGCCCUAUGAGCCCAAAGUGUGUGAGAAUGCUGCCCAGGGCAAGCUGGUGGUUCAAAUCUCAGCAAUAGACAAGGACAUAACACCACAAGAUGUGAAGUUCAAAUUCUCCCUGAGUACUGAAAACAACAACUUCACCCUCACGGAUAAUAACGAUAACACGGCCAACAUCACGGUCAAGCACGGGCAGUUUGACCGCGAGCAGGCCAAGGUCCACUUCCUGCCGGUGCUCAUCUCGGACAACGGGAGGCCGAGCCUCACCAGCACCAGCACCCUGGCCGUGACCGUGUGCAAGUGUGAUGAGCGCGGCCACUUCACCUUCUGCGAGGAGGCGGCGGGGCUGGCGGGAGUCAGCGUCCAGGCGCUGGUGGCCAUCUUCCUCUGCAUCCUGACCAUCGCAGUGAUCACCCUGCUUAUCUUCCUGCGGCGACGGCUGCGGAGGCAGGCCCAGGCGAACAGCAAAAGUGUGCCGGAGAUCCACGAGCAACUGGUCACCUACGACGAGGAGGGCGGCGGUGAGAUGGACACCACCAGCUACGACGUGUCGGUGCUCAACUCGGUGCGGUGCGGCGGCAGCGUGACCAAGCCUCCCCGGGCGCCUCGGGAGGAGCUGCCGCCCCUGUACAGGCAGGUGCAGAAGCCCCAGCUGCGACCCACCGGGCAGCAGGGGAGCCUCGGGGAUAUGGCAGCUAUGAUCGAGAUGAAGAAGGACGAGGCCGACCAGGACGACGGGAGCCCUCCCUAUGACACCCUGCACGUCUACGGCUACGAGGGCUCCGAGUCCAUCGCAGAGUCCCUGAGCUCCCUGGGUACCAACUCCUCCGGCUCAGACAUCAACUACGAUUUCCUCAACGACUGGGGACCCAGGUUUAAGAUGCUGGCCGAGCUAUAUGGCUCCGACCCCCAGGAGGAGAUGUUCUACUAGGGUGACCAUUGCCUCUGGGCCCUGAGACCCUCCCCAGGGUAGCUCAGGCUUUUUGGACCCCAGACACUGAGCCCUGACAUUGUAGCACUGAAACCCCAGCACCCCACCACCAGCCUGCUACCCACUCACCACCACCAAAACCCCCAGCAGGUCUUGCAGAGACCUCCUCUCCUUGGGUAGCAAACUCCAACUCCCAGUAAUGCUGUGGAGCACACUUCAGUGAUCACACUUGCAGCACACAGCUGCUGGAAAAUCCCAGUUCGUGUUCUGUCUGGGUUCGGACAACCACAUAACACCGCAGCCCAGACCUCAAAGCUAACAUAAAGACUUUCUCUGGCUUCUGGAAACUGCAGUUUGUCCAACUAACCCCAGGUGAGGUGGGCACAGUCUCCCCACUGAGGCCCUGAGGUCACUGAGCUCCCUUGUGAGAUCGUGGAAGCAAAGUACUGAAUGGCAUGACCAGAGGACUAGAUGGAACUCUGUACUCCAGCCCCAAAAGAGACAUACCUAUCUCACACACACUGCUUCUACACACACACACACACACACACACACACACACACACACACACACACACACACACACACACCAAGUCUCCCACCACUUCCCAGGCCUGUGGAAAGGGAGGAAGGGGCCCCUUGAGUCCUGAGUUGACCAUCCCAGUUAGUCCCUGUAACUGUACUGUACUGAGUGAGGACAAUUCAACCAAAGUUAGAGAAAUGACUUGUUGAAUUUUGAAGCAACUGUGAAUUCAUCGUGGAAGGACAGUGGAGACCAAGUGUGACAGAUCAGAGAGUGAAGGCUACUUUCACACACAUACACCCCUUCUGCAGAGGGUUUGAAGUAACUGUGAACCCCAGUUUGAUCAUUAUCAAUAUCCUGCAGCCCCACUCAAGACAUGGGACAAAUGCUCUCAUAGCAAGAGACCUCCCAUCUCCACUUUGCCAGGCUGCUCCUACCUGCUCACUCUCCCCUCUGCUCCACAAUUCUGUCCUUCUCACUUGGCCCCAUAUAGGACCCACAGUGACUCUGCGCAAUGUCCAAACCCAGAUGUCCACACAUCAGAGCCAAACUAUUUGCCAUCACACCCCGUUGUUGCCAUAUCUCAGGGAACCCCAGCAGGCAAGGCCAUUUCAGGCCUGGGCCCAGGCCCUGUGGUCACCUGCGCAUGGCCCAAUCUCAGCCACGCCUAGAACAUUCCACUGCAAGCACACCUUGGCCGAGGGGGAAGGAGAGGUGUCACUCCAAGGGAGCAAGUAGGAGGUAAAGGCUCCAACUCACACUUCUUUGUGGCAGAGGGAACCCACUCCGGGCAAGUUCCCUAAAGCUUCAGGGGGUUGUAGAUUUCACUGUUUUUUGUUUUGUUUUGUUUUUACUUUUAACUAAUAACUAUCUUUAUAAUUUUAUUUUUACUAAUAUUACUCACAUGUUUCUAGCUCUUCCCGUAGCAUAAAGGUUUUGCAUAAUAACGUGGUUGGUAUUUAGGUUAACAAUUUUAAUUCAGGGUUUUAGUUAGAGAAGCGUAUCCCCGUAACCGUCUGUUUCCUGUCAUUGUAAUAACUGUUCUAGAGAUGAUGACUCUAGAUUGUCCACACUGGCACAUGGGAUGUACUGUAUUUUUUUAUAUCUAAAUAAAGAAAAAAAAUUCUUGAAAUUC